ACGUCAUCUACGCGCGACGUAAACAUGUGAAAAUACCGAGCUCUUUGGAAAAUACAAGGAUAUCUACAUCAAAUUAAUCAACUACAAAUCCGGCAUACAUUCACCGCUGACGAAUGCUUACGAAGGAGGAAACCGAGCGAAGCGGCGCAGGCUGUGGUAUUUCCCUUUCCGUGGGACGGGCUAUAACCGUGCGUGCGCAGAAGAGGCUGCGCAUAAUUUUGGCUGUAAUGGAUGAAGUGAAUUCUCUCUGAAUUCAGGGCCGUGGAGGGUUUUAUAUCCACGAACAUCGCCCAAUUUCUAGGUCUGGUUGCUUCCCAGAGCCGCUCAAGUGAACUGGAAUCAAUUUUAACACAUAAAUAUGUGAUCAUUUCCGAUGAAUAUGAAACUACAGAGCGUUUACACUGAACAUUAAAGCGAAUAUGUGAACAAGAAGCAAGCGGGUCAAGUUUUAUUUUCAGUUAUGUGGGACAAUAUCCCUACACAGCGAGCUUUACUGCUUCAAAGCUCAGAAACCGUGUGCAAGGAGAGCUAAACGUCUGUUUAGGCUUUGAUAUCGAACAAGGAUAAACAAUCUAAAACAAGGACAGCCUGUAUUUUUCUUCUUUCUUUUUGUCUUUUCGAGGAACGCUAGCUUAGCUAAAGCUAGCCGAGAAGCGCGAGCGCAAUGCGCUGCUUGAGGCACCCUGGAAACGACCAGUGAUGCCAUCGUGAAGGACAAGAUCGUUAAAAAAAAUCUUUAUUUUUGUUUUUGGCUUUAUACUCUUGGAUCUAUUUCGACGCGAUUCGGAGAAGACACGGGACCGGGGAUGACUUGUGGAUAACCUCUGCGCGUCAAAUAGCGUCCGCGUCUCCGGAGGACAGAGGUAUGCCUGGAUCAGACCGCCUGCAUGGGACCAAGAGGAAGGCUGAAUCGCUCUACCAUCAGCAGCAGCAGGCGGCCGGCGGGGAAGGCCAGCCUUUGCACGCGGGCUCCGGUAGGCAUCCCACCAAGACGGCGAGCUCGUCCACUUCUUGCAAGUACAAACGAAACAAGUCCAAACACGAGGCCGAAACCGGCUCCGCGUGCGCUACAGCCGCGCCUCCAGCAGUGGGCGCCAUCAAGCCUCUGGUGGAGUACGACGACAUAAGCUCCGACUCGGACACGUUCCUGGACUCCCCCGCCACCGGGAAACCGGCGGAGGGCAGGGACGCAGAACGCUUAGAGCGGUCGGACUACGGUGAAGCGGGGGUUGCGAAAGAGAACAGGACUCAUAAACACAAGCGCUCCCGGAAGAAAUCCAAAGACCCGCAUCGGGUCAGGGAGUCUGCGGAGAGGGCAGAGGGUGGCGGCUGCAGCAAGAAGAGCAGUAAAGACCGGGACAGAGCGAGCAAAGAGAGCCGCAAGAAGGCUAAGGAGAAGUCUAGCUCAGCUGCGUGCCUUGCAUCCACAUCCAGACGCUCAGGUGAGUCAGGUAGCAAAAGGCCCGGCGACUCUCUCUCAUCAGGUGCGGUGCAGUCCGCUGUCAGUCUGAGCAGCAGCGCCUCCUCCGCCUCCUCCUCCAUCAGUAAGGAAAGUGGCCGCUCGUCAAAAUCGCGCAAAGACAAGCGGAGGAGCGAGGAGCAUGAGGAGGAGCGGAGCCAUCGGAAGGCCGCCAAGAGCCACAAGUCGAGCCCUAAAGGGAAGGGUCAGUCCAGGAGAAGCGCAGCGGACAGUCCUUCCGCUGCGGAACUCGAGAACAGCUGCUCCUCCAAGCGCAGGGCUGCGAGCCCCAGUCCGUACAGGGAGCCUCCCAGGCGGAGCAGACAGAGGUCCGAGAGCCCUUAUCGGAGGAGGAGGUCCGAGAGCCCCGAGAAGGAUGGAAGUCCGUAUGUGAGCAGAAAACACUCACCUGGCAGUCCUUACGGCAACCGACGCUCAUCCAGCACCAGUCCAGUGUCCAGGCCUUCUCUGCGUUCCCGGAGCCGUUCUCCUCACUACUCCUCCUCUCGCCGCUCCUCUUCCCGUUCUCGCACUAAGAAACAUUCUUUAUAUUCCGGAGGAGCCAGUGGAGGCUCCUCCCACAGCAGUCGACCAGGCAGCCGCUCCCCUUCGUCUUCACGCUUGCCGAUCACCUCCAGCCUGGGGGCCGAGCUGACGCGAAGAAAGAAGGAACGUCAGGCGGCGGCCGCCAAAAACUCCCCCUCUCUCCGCCCCAACACAUCCAACGUCGCAAAUGCGCAGACGAAAAACACUGAGACACCGCCACUAGACACAGCCCCGCCCCCUGAGCCUCAAAGACCGCCCUCGCCACCUCCAAACACUGAUCUGGCGGAGGAGCCCGCUGCGGUUCCUCCACCUCUCCCGUUAUCCAGUCCACCUCCACUGCCUCUCUCAUCUCCUCCGCCUCUCCCGGCGAACUCUCCUCCUCCUCCUCUUCCUCUCUCAUCCCCUCCACCUCUUCCUCUAAACAGCCCUCCACCUGCUCCUCCACCCUCAGCACCUGCUGCACCUGUUUCUUCUCGCACGAAAAGCCCCAAACAGAAAUCUACGCAAAGUCCCGCGCAUACAAUUAAGACUUCCACACUUCCGCCUCUUCCCCUGCCGCCGGUUCUUCUGGGAGCCUGCAGAGACAGUCCAAAAAAGAGCAGUCUUUCCCAGAAGUCAUCACGAAAGGACAGGGAGAAGGAGAAAGAAAGGGAAAAAGAAAUCAGGACACGCCUUCUCAGUGAGUUGCCUCUUCCUCCAGUACUUCCUGGAGGAGACCCCUCCCCUCCGCAGUCCCCUGCUCGAGAAUCCCCUCUGCUUCUGCAACCAACCUUCAAGAAGAGACCAAAGAUUUGCUGUCCUAGAUAUGGAGAGAGGAAGCAGACUCAAACUGACUGGGGCAAGCGCUGUGUGGACAAGUUUGACAUCAUCGGCAUCAUUGGAGAAGGAACCUACGGUCAGGUGUACAAGGCAAAGGACAAAGACACAGGAGAGCUGGUGGCAUUGAAGAAGGUGAGAUUGGAUAACGAAAAGGAGGGUUUCCCCAUCACUGCUAUCAGAGAGAUCAAGAUCCUGAGACAACUCAACCAUCGCAGUGUUGUCAACAUGAAAGAAAUCGUCACUGAUAAACAAGACGCACUUGACUUCAAAAAGGAUAAAGGUGCAUUUUACCUGGUGUUUGAGUACAUGGACCAUGACCUGAUGGGGCUGCUGGAAUCAGGACUGGUGUCUUUCUCCCAUGAGCAUGUGCAGAGCUUCAUGCGUCAGCUGAUGGAGGGAUUAGAUUAUUGCCACAAGAAGAACUUUCUGCACCGAGACAUCAAGUGCUCCAAUAUCCUGCUAAAUAACAGUGGUCAGAUCAAACUUGCCGAUUUUGGUUUGGCUCGUCUUUAUAACUCUGAGGAAAGUCGGCCGUACACUAAUAAGGUGAUCACGCUGUGGUACCGCCCACCUGAGCUGCUACUGGGGGAGGAGAGAUACUCACCUGCUAUUGAUGUCUGGAGCUGCGGGUGUAUUUUGGGAGAACUCUUCACUAAGAAGCCAAUUUUCCAGGCCAACCAAGAGCUUCUACAGCUUGAGCUGAUCAGUCGUUUGUGUGGUAGUCCGUGUCCUGCUGCUUGGCCAGAUGUAAUUAAGCUGCCGUACUUUAAUACCAUGAGACCCAAGAAACCGUACAGACGACGCUUACGGGAGGAAUUCGCUUUUCUGCCCACCUCUGCUCUUGACCUGCUGGACCACAUGUUGACGCUGGACCCCUCGAGACGCUGCACGGCCGAACAGGCCCUCGCCAGCCAGUUUCUGUGUGAUGUGGAGCCCAACAAGAUGCCGCCACCUGAUUUGCCUCAUUGGCAAGACUGUCAUGAGCUCUGGAGCAAGAAGCGGCGGCGGCAGAGGCAAAGCGGAGUGCCUGAGGAUUUCCCUGUUGCCAAAGUUCCCCGAAAGGAACCCGUAGGACCUUCAGGAGGAGAAAACAGCCGCCCGCUGCCGAGUCCACCACCCCCACCACCCUCAUCUGCCCAUCCUGCACCGGCAAACAUCACAGCCAGUGAGUUGGAAGAUUCUGCAUUAGUAAAUCCAGAGGCAACAGGGUCAAAGUCUGCAAAGCACGCUCAAGACAUAACAUCAGAUUUAGCGACAACCCUACUCCAGCUCAUCUCCCAGCAAGUCUCCGAGAGCAGACGUCCCGCUGCAGACCUGUGCCCCGGCCGGGGACCCUCCUCUCCCCCGAGCGCCACCCCACCGCCAGCUUCCUCUUACACCCCCUCACCCGCAAGCGCUGCUCCGGAAACUCAGUUCACCCAGGACCAAGACCUGAGGUACACCCUGGGAGGAGCCGCCGGCCCUUCCUGAACCGUUCUCUGAACUUGAUCUUUUUGUUCGUUGUCAUUUUUUUACUUAAUGUGAAAAAAAAGUGAAUGUUGAAGGAACUGUUCUUGAAUGCGAAUGGAUGAUGUUCAUCCCUCCCACAGCGUUAUUUGGAGAGCAUCUUUUCCCGCGCCCCCGACUGCAACGGUCUGUGAGUUUUAGCCAUGUGUGAUUUCUUUGAGGGCUGCGUAAAUGUCUAAAUCAAGCUACUUUCUUUAGUGCUGUAAUGUGUAAAGCAAGAGACUUGAUCCGGCUUGUGCUACUUCAUCCUUUCUGAUUCCGUACAAAAGGCAUGAGGAAAACUUGAAGUCAUUUGCAGUACUCGAGUGAGGCCUUUGGUUUUACAGAUUCAUAUUAGCUUGUGCAAAAGAUGUGUUCUUAUUUUGAUUUUUGGUGGGGGGGGGUGUAUGUCCUCAUCCAAAUGUUGUUUUCAGGACCACAAGGUUUAGCAAAGUUCAUUUAAAUCGAAAGCAUCUUCAGAAAGACACUGAACUGACUUGAAUUUUAGCGCCAGAUUUGAUUUGACUCUGCCAAGUGUACAUGUUGUAAGCUGAUAAUAAAUGAAAAAUGUGGCCGAGUAAAA